AUGAGCAAGCAGAACCACUUUCUGGUGAUAAACGGCAAGAACUGCUGUGUGUUCCGAGAUGAAAACAUCGCCAAGGUCCUGCCGCCGGUGUUGGGGCUGGAGUUCGUGUUCGGACUCCUGGGUAAUGGCCUUGCCUUGUGGAUCUUCUGUUUCCACCUCAAAUCUUGGAAAUCCAGCCGGAUUUUCUUGUUCAACCUGGCUGUGGCUGACUUUCUCCUGAUCAUUUGCUUGCCGUUCUUGACGGACAACUAUGUCCAGAACUGGGACUGGAGGUUCGGGAGCAUCCCCUGCCGCGUGAUGCUCUUCAUGUUGGCCAUGAACCGGCAGGGCAGCAUCAUCUUCCUCACGGUGGUGGCUGUGGACAGGUACUUCAGGGUGGUCCACCCGCACCACUUCCUGAACAAGAUCUCCAACCGGACGGCGGCCAUCAUCUCCUGCUUCCUGUGGGGCAUCACCAUCGGCCUGACAGUCCACCUCCUCUACACGGACAUGAUGACCCGAAACGGCGACGCGAACCUGUGCAGCAGUUUUAGCAUCUGCUACACUUUCAGGUGGCACGAUGCAAUGUUCCUCUUGGAAUUCUUCCUGCCCCUGGGCAUCAUCCUGUUCUGCUCUGGCAGGAUCAUCUGGAGCCUACGGCAGAGACAGAUGGACAGACACGUCAAGAUCAAGAGGGCCAUCAACUUCAUCAUGGUGGUUGCAAUCGUGUUUGUCAUCUGCUUCCUGCCCAGUGUGGCCGUGCGGAUCCGCAUCUUCUGGCUCCUCUACAGACACAACGUGCGCAACUGUGACAUCUACUCCUCCGUGGACCUGGCCUUCUUCACCACCCUUAGCUUUACCUACAUGAACAGCAUGCUCGACCCGGUGGUCUACUAUUUCUCCAGCCCAUCUUUCCCCAACUUCUUCUCCACGUGCAUCAACCGUUGCCUUCGAAGGAAGACCUUGGGCGAACCAGAUAAUAACCGGAGCACGAGUGUGGAGCUCACGGGGGACCCCAGCACAAUCAGAAGUAUUCCAGGGGCAUUAAUGACUGACCCCAGUGAGCCAGGCAGCCCCCCUUAUCUGGCUUCCACAUCUCGUUAAGUCCGCUAUGCCAGGAAGGGAGAUUCGCCACUCAGGUCUAUGGCUCUCUGGAGAGACAGUUUGGCUGUCACACAGGGGUAACAUCCUCAAACACGGCUUGUGCUUUCUUGGGGCUUCUAGAUUCCGGAGAAUCGGAUUGAGAGAAAACGGCGUGGUGCAGUGAGCGGUUUGGUUGCAAAGUGCGGCCAUAGAAAUCUCAGAGGACAGAAAGCAAAGUCUCCAGGCAGUGGGAACUCCUCAGCCUCCCAAGGGCUGAAGAAGACAGAGUCCUGCCGAGUUUGCGCCCUCGGCGCGCCCAGACACACCACCCGUACCUAUGGCGUUUUAGCUUCCUCCCUCAGUUCUGCUCAAAGACAUGGAUGGUCCUUCACCGCUAGGGCCCUACCUAGCCUGUCCGUGCGCCCCAGUGGGGACAAGGAGAGCCAAGAAACUGGACAGGAUCUCUCCCCGGGUGUCACUGAUAAGCCAGUGGGUCACUUGUGUUCUGUGGGACCACUUUACCUUUCAGCCGGACUUUAGCAGAAAUGGAAGAGGGGAGAAGAUUGGAAAGAUUUGAUUAUUCUCCGAGUCUCUCCCUCCAGUGGUGGUAAGAGGGGGGAUAGCCCAGGAGGGACUGCAGUCAGAGCUGGAGGGAAUCGAUCUGUGAGAAAUUCAACUGAGCAGUUAAAAGGCUUUGGGGAAAACUGCGGUUUCCCUCCUCUGCCUGCUUUUCUUAUUCAAAGGGAUUCAACUGCGCCCGCGGUUAAGGUGGGGGGCGGGCUCGUCACUUGGGUUUCUGUACUUGACAGCUACCAUUUCAAUAAAUUUCGACAGGAGACACGG